CCGAGAACCCGGAGAGAGAGAGACAGAGAGCUCAGCUCGUUUGUCUCUUCCUCCUCUUCGCUCACCACUGCUUCCUCUGAACUAAGCCAUCAUUUGUCUCUAGAGUUGCCCACAAGCUCGACCCGAAGCUAGCGACCAUGAUCUCAGCGGACACCAUCCGCACGGUCAUCGGCGUCAUAGGCAAUGGAACCGCCCUUGUGCUCUUCCUCUCCCCACUGCCUACGUUCUACCGCAUCUGGAAGAAUGGUUCGGUGGAGCAGUACUCGCCGAUACCGUACGUGGCGACGCUGCUCAAUUGCAUGAUGUGGGUGCUAUACGGCCUGCCCCUGGUACACCCUCACAGCAUGCUCGUCAUCACCAUCAACGGCACCGGCAUGGCCAUCGAGCUCACCUACGUCACACUCUUCCUCCUCUACUCCGCCGGCACCGCCCGCCGCAAGGUCCUGCUCCUCCUCGCCGCAGAGGUCGCCUUCGUAGCGGGCGUCGCCUCGCUCGUGCUCACACUGGCGCACACCCACGAGCGCAGGUCCAUGGUCGUCGGCAUCCUCUGCGUCCUCUUCGGCACCGGAAUGUACGCCGCCCCACUCUCAGUCAUGAAAAUGGUGAUCCAGACGAAGAGCGUGGAGUACAUGCCCCUGUUCCUGUCCCUGGCCUCCCUGGUGAACGGCAUCUGCUGGACUGCCUACGCCCUAAUCCGCUUCGACCUCUACAUCACCAUCCCCAACGGUCUGGGCGUGCUGUUCGCGGUGGCGCAGUUGGUCCUGUACGCCAUCUACUACAAGUCCACGCAGCAGAUCAUCGAGGCCCGCAAGCACAAGGCGGAUCAGGUCGCCAUGACAGAGGUCGUCGUCGACGGCAACAAGCCCACCAACAACGGCACCGCCGGCCACUACUGAUCGUUAGCAAGAAGCGGAUUAAGCACUCGCUCAGCUGAUCGAUUUCUAUACGCAGCUGGGGUUAUGCACGAUAUGUAGUGGUCUACUUAAUCGGGCAGCUAAUUCGAUCGAGGCUUCGAUCGAGCUGCGUCACUAGCUUCAUUAGUUGGGAGAAAGAUUGGUGGUUUUAGCUAAUUCCACUUUUGAAGCGGCUAACGGGUUUCUCUCUUGUUCUUUUCUUUUUUGGCCGACUAGGCUUGGGUUAUUCUCAAGGGGAAAAAGUGGUCUUUUGGGCCGACUAGGCUUGGGUUAUCCAUGAAGGAGAACAUGGCCUUUGGCAACAAA